AGAACCUCGUCAGAUACAUGGACCCACACAAUAUCCUGCAGAUAGAGAUGCUGAUGAGCCUCUUGGCUCGCUCGGCAGUCCUUGGACGAUAAUACAUAAAGUCAACACUCCGUGUAUGCAUGCAUGCCUAGGUGUACAACGGGCACCCUAUGCUGCGUGGGCCGCCAGUCGUCCGUCCCAGCAUCAACAACCAGAAAUCUUGAGUCAGUCGUGUCUUCGUACACAAAGAACGUGUGCUCCAAGGGCCAGUCUUGUAUACGAGAAACCACCGCCCACCGGGUUCUUCACCUCGCGAUCCGCCGCAUGUACAUACAUUGCAUUCGUACCUACAUACCUAUGGUCCCCUUGCGAGCAGAUAGGAGAGCGAAGACUAUGAAAUUGGCAAAGCGCUCCAGUCCAUUGGCGGAGCGUUCCAGCUACUGUUGGACCCCUUGGCUCUUUGGACAUACAUACAUACAUACAUACAUACAUACAUACAUACAUACAUGCAUAUACAUAUACAUACACAUUCACACAUAUGUACGUAGAUGGACCGUCAGCUAUGCUGCACUGCGCCAGCACCCAGCGCGGCAUUGUGCCAGAGCCAGACGCCACGCUACUGUUCCGAACAUGGAAGGCUCAGCUUUAGCACCACGAAAAAGAAACUCUACCCUAAACGGAAUAGAACGCAAGUGCAGGUGGGGAGCAAGAGAUCUGAUGCCCAGCGGCAGCGGCAUCUCACCUCAUUUCAACCCUUUUCUUGGUCAGCUCAAAUCGAUUGCAUACGUAUCUCCGGCAGCUGGACAUUUUUGCAAUCGAUUUGCCCGCCUCAUCAUCAACACGAAAAGGGACGAGGGGUGAGAGGGAUGAAAGACGGAAAGAGAAAAGUGGAGGGGGGGGUAGCCUCGCCAAAGGCUUCUUUCUUCCAUCGAAAGAUGGAAUGCGACGAGGAAGCUACGAGCUAGGUAGCUAGCUAGCUGCAUGUCACGACGCCAGGACGUAUUCGGGAGCCAGGACAGGAGGAAAUGGUUGGCUCGCAGAGAAAAAGAGUGAGGACGGCGGCCCGCGGGUGACUCGGCACAAUAUUUGGCGGAACACUGCCAAUCAAUCGACUGACGGAUGCCGCGCGAACAAUCUGUGCGUCAUCCCGUCGAAACGUGGCGCAAAUCGAAGACUCUUUU